AUGAGAGCAGCAGGACAACUCUUCAAGAAAGGCAAACCGAAGACUGCUGGUGGCUGGGAUUUUUUUGGGAAGAGUUUCUACUACAUUUCAAAUGAGGAGAAGACAUGGCAUGAUGCUGAGAGCUUCUGCCUGACCAGAGACUCCCACCUGGCCUCCAUCCUAAGUGACGAAGAGCAGAACUUCCUCACCUCUCAGCUCAGUGAUCCUACCUGGAUCGGCCUUACAGAUGAAAACGAGGAAGGCAACUGGAAAUGGACUGAUGGAUCCAGAACUAAAGCACAGUAUUGGUCUCUUGGCAACCCCAGCUACUCAGAGCACGAGGGGGCACUGGAGAAAGACUGCACAUCCAUUGUGCCUUCAUCUGGCGGAUAUAACUGGAAUGAUGACUACUGCCACGAACUACAUAAAUGGGUGUGUAAGGAGAACAUAGACACUGAAGAACCAUAGAGUUGGAAAACACUGGGCCAAUACCUUAUUGAAGGCAGAAUGGUUUUCAUUCCAUUGUUCAACUCCAGGAGAAGUCUGCUUAGCCACAGAACAAACAAAAACAUCCAGUUCCACCCAAGCCUUGUUCUUUGUGCUCCCUGAAACAAAGAGAGUUUGAGAGGUUGUUUGCUAUUAUCCAUUGGUUAGAGAGAUUUGUGUCCCAGGUGAUGGGUGCCUAGCGGAAGGGUUGCCAUUUUCCUUCAGGGCAGAAUUAAUAGCGGCUGCUGUUGUAUCAAGGCAGAUCCUUGGGAUGGGAGUAGCUGCCCUUGGCAGAGCUCUUAAAGGAAGGAAACUCAUGUCCUGGAUUAAAGAUGGCAGCUCUGUUGCGGUUAGCAAA